GGAAGUGGCGCAAGUCCCGGUAUCGCUCCGCGGAAUCCGCCCGCGCGUCGCUGCCGCUGUCGCCGCCGCCCCCUGUCCCGGCCCCCCCGGGUUCCCUCAGCCCAGCCCGGUUCAGCCCGGUUCCCGGGAGGAUGAAGUUCGUGUAUAAAGAGGAGCAUCCGUUCGAGAAGCGCCGCUCUGAGGGCGAGAAGAUCCGAAAGAAAUACCCAGACCGGGUCCCGGUGAUAGUAGAAAAGGCUCCCAAAGCUCGGAUAGGGGACCUGGACAAAAAGAAAUACCUGGUGCCUUCUGAUCUCACAGUUGGUCAGUUCUACUUCUUGAUCCGGAAGCGAAUUCAUCUCCGAGCUGAGGAUGCCUUGUUCUUCUUUGUUAACAAUGUCAUUCCACCCACCAGUGCCACGAUGGGUCAGCUAUACCAGGAACACCAUGAAGAAGACUUCUUUCUAUACAUUGCCUACAGUGAUGAAAGUGUCUACGGUCUGUGAAGCUGCUGCCCCUGAGCUGGGGGGUCCCAUUCUACAAAGAGAGAGGUGGCCUCCCUUCCUUGAACUACUUUUCCUCCUCCAGGCUCAAACACCACCUCCCUUCCUCAGGACCUGCACUUCCUAAUGUUUGAGGCUCUCCUCCAGCCCGUCUUAGCAGGAGGGUUGAUGGGGGAGAUGGCCUCUAGUACCUCUCCUUUCUCCUUUCUUCCCCUUUCUCUACCACCUUUUCCACUCUGCUUUAAACUUCUUGAUUGUCAAUCUCUAUCACAUCCAGUGAUUGUUUUGGUUUCUGUUCCCUUGCUAACUGCCCAAGGGGCUCAGAACCCCAACAAUCCCUUCCUUUCACUACCUUCUUUUUUGUGGGUAGAUGGAAGGGACUGAAUUGUGGGGGAAGGUAGGAGGCACAUCAAUAAAGAGGAAACCACCAAGCUGAA